AUGUUUCAACUGAAAGUAAAUACAUUAUUCGAAAUGAACACCAAAGCAAUCGUUCUGUUCGUUUGUGCUGUAUUUUUGCUACAUAGUAUUAGCGCAAAAAUCGAUCAUGCACCGGCAGCCGUUGUUGUGUUUGUUCCAAAUCCACCGCCAAACCAUUCUUUAUUGAAGAAUGAAAAUAUGACAGUUAUAGUAGAUGAAUUCGAAAAAUGGUGUAUAGUCGAUAAAAAUGAUUUAAAACAAGACCAACAAGCUACUGCAUUCAGCGAAAAUGAUGUUAUUUUCAAACUGUUCACACUGAAGAAUCCAUCGCAGCCACAAGAUUUAAUCCUAUACGAUCGUAACAUUCUGAAUAAAACCAAUUUCGACCCCAAAUUGCCAACGCGAAUUCUAAUUCAUGGAUGGAAUUCAAAAAUUGAUUUAAUGGGAAAAUUUGCUGAUGCAUAUUUUACAAAAGCCAAAUUGAAUAUCAAUUUGAUUGGUGUGGAUUGGACGAAAGGAUCGAACAUAAUUAGCUAUCUUCAGGCUAGUUACAACAUUAAAAAAGUCGGAGCGCAAGUGGCUCAUCUCAUCGACUUUCUCAUCGAAAUGGGAAUGAACUCGGCGCUAUUGGCGAUGAUAGCUGGUAAAUGGGUGACAAGAGCAAGAGUGCCCAAAAUGACUGGCCUUGAUCCAGCACUACCUCUGUUUAAAUUUAAUGAAGUCACAAAACGACUAGACAAAACGGACGCUGAUUACGUUGAGGUAAUAAUCACGUGUGCUGGUAAGUUGGGAUUCUAUUUGCCCAUCGGACAUGCCAAUUUCUAUCCGAAUGGAGGCAGAUCACAGCCAGAAUGUGGAAUGGACUUGGUUGGAGUAUGCGCUCAUCGUCGAGCGUAUGAAUACUAUCUUGAAAGUAUCUACCAUCCGGAAUUCUAUGCGUUUCAUUGUGACAGUUACACAGAUUUAGUUAAAGGAGAGUGCUCCGUCGUUAAACGACCGGUGAUGAUGGGUGGAGAAACGGGAAAUACAGUAAGAGUUGAAGGUGUAUUUUACCUCAUCACCACUGGUAAAUCACCUUUUGCUCGUGGAACUGAUGCAGUGCGGACAGCUAUAAUGGACUCCAUAUAUAAAAACGAAUCCAAGAAAAGUAGAAUUUAA